UCCUUCAUCAUGAUGCAGUUCUUCCAUAGAAAGAGUGCAAGUUUGCUACUUCAAUGUUAAAGAAGAGGAAAUGCUAAAUAUUCCAUUGAGGGUCUGAGGAAAAAAAAGAAAAAAGUGGGUGGGUUUUGGUAUUCUUAAAAAACAGGAGCAACCCUGUCCCAACCCACCAUCACCUUCAAGAAUACCCAUAUCCCCACCUCAUCCCCAGCACAUCAUCUAUUCUGCCUAGAGCGGGAUACAGCGUUGAGACAAGUUCUAGUGCUGUCCUGUGGGAUCUGGAGAUUAACCUGGGAGCAUUAAGACAUGAUUUGGAUUUGCAGAGCCUGGGGCGCUGCUCUCUUCAUGGGGAUUUUGUGCUGCAUCUGCUGCAGAGCCUGGAGUACCACCCCUGCAUCCCAAAAAUGUGAUGAACCUCUUGUCUCUGGGCUUGCCCAUCAAUCCUUCAAGAGCUCUUCAAUGAUGUCUAGCAGUUAUGCUCCAGGUUAUGCAAAGCUCAACAAAAGGGAAGGUGCUGGGGGCUGGUCACCUUUGGACAGCGAUCAUUAUCAGUGGCUACAAGUAGAUUUUGGGAACAGGAAACAGAUCCGCUCUGUUGCUACUCAAGGGCGAUACAGUAGUUCUGAUUGGGUGUCCCAGUAUCGUAUGCUCUACAGUGACACAGGAAGAAAUUGGAAACCAUAUCACCAAGAAGGAAAUAUAUGGGCAUUUCCAGGGAAUGUUAACUCCGAUACAGUCAUAAGACAUGACUUGCAACAUCCUGUGAUAGCUCGUUAUGUACGUAUUGUUCCACUGGACUGGAAUGGAGAAGGACAAAUUGGAUUAAGGAUUGAACUGUAUGGCUGUCCAUAUUGGGCUGAUGUUAUUAAUUUUGAUGGUAAUGUUGGACUGUCUUAUCGAUUCAAGAACAAAAAGAUGAGAACGCUGAAGGAUGUCAUCUCCCUUAAGUUCAAGAGCUCAGAAAGUGAGGGUGUGUUGUUUCAUGGAGAAGGUCAACAGGGGGAUUACAUAACUCUGGAGCUGAAGAAAGCAAAGUUGGUUCUACAGUUGAAUCUAGGUAGUAACCAAUUUGGAUCCAUUGAUGGUCAUACUUCAGUAACCUCAGGAAGCCUUCUUGAUGACCAUCACUGGCAUUCUGUCAUAAUUGAGCGACAUGGAAGGAAUAUUAAUCUGACACUAGACAGGCACAUACAGCAUAUUAAAGCAAAUGGAGACUUUGAUCAUUUGGACUUGGACUUUGAGAUGACCUUUGGAGGCAUGCCAUUUUCCGGAAAGCCAAGCUCAAGUGGCAAAAAGUAUUUCAAGGGAUGUAUGGAAAGCAUUAACUACAAUGGAAAUAACAUUACCGACCUUGCUAGGAGAAGGAAGAUGGAUCCUUAUAAUGUGGCAAAUCUUAGUUUUACCUGUGUGGAAUCCCGCUCAGUAUCAGUCUUCUUCAACGCUACCAGUUUCUUGGAGGUCCAAGGGCGUCCUGGUGAAGAUCUGUUGUCUGUGAAUUUUCAGUUUCGCACUUGGAAUCCAAGUGGGCUCCUUCUCUUUAACACAUUUUAUGAUGAACUAGGAAAUCUAGAAAUUGACCUAACUGAAGGAAAAAUCACUGUUCAUAUCAACAUGACCAAGAUAAAGAAGAACCGAAUUGAUAUCUCUUCAGGUUCCAGUCUUAAUGAUGGACAGUGGCACGAAGUACGAUUUACAGCCAAGGAAAAUUUUGCUGUACUAACUAUUGAUGGGGAUGAAGCUUCUUCUGUACGUUCCAACAGUCCUCUUCAAUUCCAAACUGGAAGCCGAUACUUCUUUGGAGGUUUUUCCUCCAAGUCAAAUGACUCAGACUACUCUUUGCUGCAACACUCAUUCCAGGGAUGUUUGCAGCUUAUUCAUGUAGAUGACCAGCUGGUGGACCUGCAUGCGGUUGAACAAGGAAGACAAGGAAGCUUUGCAAACAUCAGCAUUGACAUGUGUGCCAUUAUAGACAGGUGUGUUCCCAAUAACUGUGAACAUGGAGGCAGGUGUACACAGACCUGGGACACCAUUAAAUGUAACUGUGAUGGAACUGGAUAUACUGGUGCCACGUGCCACAAUGCUAUUUAUGAACUUUCAUGUGAAGCAUACAAGCACCUUGGAAGAACAUCUAACUGGUAUUGGAUUGACCCAGAUGGCAGUGGUCCUCUAGCACCAUUGAAAGUUUACUGCAACAUGACAGAAGAUAAAGUAUGGACAGUUUUGUAUCAUGAUCUGCCACUUUCAACACCAAUAAUAGGCGCCAGCCAGGAGAAGCGAAUAUCACUGCCGCUAAACUAUAACGCAACCGUGGACCAGAUUUCUGCUAUCACUAGAAGUGCUGAAUAUUGUGAACAGUACAUAUCCUAUUCCUGCAAGAUGUCAAGGCUUCUGAACACUCCAGAUGGGAACCCUUAUUCGUGGUGGGUUGGAAAAGGCAAUGAAAGACACAAUUAUUGGGGUGGCUCUGGCCCUGGAAUUCAGAAGUGUGCUUGUGGUAUUGAAAGGAACUGCAGCGAUAGCAAAUUCCACUGUAACUGUGAUGCUGACCAAAGGCAAUGGAGGAAAGAUGCUGGUUUUCUGUCUUAUAAGGAGCACCUCCCAGUUAGCGAAGUGGUGGUUGGAGAUACAUAUCGAUCAUCAUCUGAAGCCAAGUUGUCAGUUGACCCUCUUCGUUGUUACGGAGACAAAAAUUACUGGAAUGCAGCCUCGUUUACUACACCGUCUUCAUAUCUUCAUUUUUCCACGUUCCAAGGAGAAACCAGUGCUGACAUAUCAUUUUACUUUAAAACAUCUGCCCCCGAUGGAGUCUUUCUUGAAAACAGAGGAAACACUGACUUCAUCAAACUGGAAUUAAAGUCCAACACCGAGGUGUCUUUUUCAUUUGAUGUCGGAAAUGGUCCAGUUGAACUAAUCGUUAAAUCUCCAACUCCACUGAAUGAUGACCAGUGGCACCAAGUCAAAGCAGAGAGGAAUAUAAAGGAGGCCAGCUUACAGGUGGACCAGCUACCUCUACAGAUGCGUAAAGCACCUACCCAAGGUCACACCCGACUUGAGCUCUACAGCCAGCUAUUUGUUGGUGCGGCAGGAGAUCAGAGGGGAUUCCUCGGCUGUAUUCGAUCUUUGAGAAUGAAUGGUGUCACACUAGACUUGGAAGAGAGGGCAAAAGUCACACCAGGGGUGAAGCCAGGCUGUUCCGGUCACUGUACCAGCUUUGGAAUGUUCUGUCAGAAUGGCGGAAGGUGUGUGGAAAAAUACAAUGGUUACUCAUGUGACUGCUCAAGGACUGCGUAUGACGGACCUUUUUGUAUAAAAGAUGUUGGGGGGUAUUUUGAAGAAGGUACAUGGCUUAGAUACAACUUCCAUUCAGCAUCGACAUCAGCCAUUGUGAGUCCAAAAGAGAAUGUGAAUGUACCUCAAAGCUCUGCUUCAGACAUUGUUCUAGCAAAAGAGGAACUGCUGUUUAGCUUCAGCACCACUAAGACCCCAUGCAUUAUCUUGUAUGUCAGUUCAUAUACUCAAGACUACCUAGCAGUCCUCCUCAAGAACUCUGGCAUAUUACAAAUACGGUACAAUUUGGGUGGUACGAAAGAGCCAUAUAACUUAGAUAUCACCAAUCAUAGAAAUAUGGCAAACGGACAGCCUCACAAUGUCAAUAUCACCAGGGUUGGAAGAAACAUACUUUUCCAGCUCGAUCAUUAUCCUCCCGAAACUUACAACCUUUCUCAGGCAUCGGAGAUUCAGUUUAAUGGACCAAAGGCCCUUUUCCUUGGAAGAGUUAUGGAGACAGGAACAAUAGACCAAGAAAUUCUUUCAUUCAACACUCCUGGAUUUAGUGGCUGCCUGUCAAGAGUCCAGUUUAACCUCAUUGCACCACUCAAGGCAGCUCUACGGCCAAGCAACAAUUCCCAAGUCUACAUCCAAGGAGAACUUGUAGAGUCUAACUGCGGAGCAUCACCACUUACUAUACCACCAAUGACUUCAAAUACAGAUCCUUGGCAUCUAAACUCAGAGAAUACUGAUUUCCCAAACAAUGAAGGGCAGGCCAUUAAAGAUGGGGUGAACAGGAAUUCUGCCAUCAUUGGAGGGGUUAUAGCUGUGGUGAUCUUCACUAUACUCUGCACCUUGGUGUUUCUCAUACGCUACAUGUUCCGCCACAAGGGGACAUAUCACACGAAUGAAGCCAAGGGAGCUGAAUCUGCCGACACCGCUGAUGCAGCCAUUAUUAACAACGACCCCAACUUUACAGAGACAAUUGACGAAAGCAAAAAGGAAUGGUUAAUUUAAGUGAGCUAGAAGACUGCAAAAGAAUGGAAUUUGGUGAGGAUCGGGAGGGACAGUGUCUCACCCAAGGUCGACUUCAGACUUCUCCUCGCAAUCUCUGCAUAGCCAGAUGUCCUAAUGGGCUCUCAGAAUAUACCAACUACAAUACAAAAAGCUUUCACAGGCUUUCAAAAGAACUUUUUUGUUUACUAUUACAGAUGGGUUUUGCUCCUUCUGUGUAUCCCUGCCUAAAAGAAAAAAAAAAAACAUGAUUAAAUAUAAGCUUUUAGAGUUUCAGCAUUGGUUCAAAGUUGUCAGUACUAUCUGUAUUUUCUUUGCGUGAAUUUAGAAGCAUUCUAAAUACUAAAUAAACAAUAAAGGGCCCCUUUUAUACAAUUUUUUAAGCCCUUUAGAAUAUUAGAACCUGUACUAAGAAGCCCAAAUAGAUAUGUUGAA